AUGGGCCGAUUCGGGAAGCUGUUGCAUCGCUCAGAGCGCCAUGGAAAUGCUCACGCACAGACGACCAACGACAACAAAGCCGAAGGUCUUCCUUAUCAACACCGCCAAGCGAUCAAAGCUAAAGAGUUCUGCAAUUCGUUUUGGGGAGAAGAAGGAUACGAAAUUCUAACGGAGAAAACGAAGAUGUCAACCCGGAUGCUGGAGGAACUGAAGAAUUGGUACAAAGAGAGAGCAUUAAUCGAAGCAGAUUAUUCCAAAAAACUUCAAAAACUAUCGAAGUCAAAUUUAUUCCAACUGCUUAGAUUUGAAAGUGACGGUCUUCAACUCGGGUUGGAUAGCCUUCGUGAAGCUACCGCUAAAUCAGCCCAUUGUCAUGCCGAAUUAAGUGGCACUUUCAAGACCAGCUUGGAAGCCAAAACUAUUGAGUUCAUCAAUAAACGUGAAGGUGCUCGAAAAAAUCCGCAAGCUUCUAUUGAAAAGUUACACAAAAGAAUAAUAGAGCUCAAAAUAUUACAAGAAAAGGCUCGGAAGCGAUUUGAGACAGAUUCCAUUGCUGUCAGCGGUUACGCCGCACAAAUGCACCUCGUUCAAGGGAGGGAAUUGGACAAAGUCUCUGCUAAACUUGACAAAGCUCAAGGAAGCAUCGGGAUCACGGAAAAGGAAUAUCGGGUGCUCACACAGAACCUUGAGGAAACUACCGAGAGCUGGAACUUACAAUGGAAAUCGUUUUGUGAUUUGACGCAAGAUCUAGAGGAGGAUCGAAUCGAUUUCGUUCGAAGUUCUCUGUGGGAUUUCGCCAAUGGCCUCUCAACAAUCUGCAUGCUGGAGGAUGAGCAUUCUGAGAACCUGCGUAAGGCUGUCGAGCGAUGCAACACUGCCCAGGAUGUCAUCAAGUUUAUCCAGCAGGCCGGUACAGGCCAGGAGCUUUAUGCUGCACCUGGUUAUAUCGACUACCCCAAAGGUAUGCAUGAGGACCCAAAGCUCAUCCAACGCAAAUACCCAAGGUAUGAGCUCGCCAACUUCGCAAGGAACUCUUGCCGGGAUGGACAGACAUUUCAACUGGGAACUCCUAGCAUCAUUUCCGAUUUGGCCAUGGCCAUAGAAGCCGGGUCAAGGACCGCCGGACCACCACCCACCGAAAGCCAUUCCAAGCAAGCUCCAGAGGGUCCGACUCUGCAUCAGGCUAAACAACAUCUGAAACGCGGGGGAAACAUCGCAGAAGUAGUAGCCACGAAUGCUCUGUCGCUCUCAAAUAUGCAGACUACCGCUGCUACACCUCCGAUCCAGCAUCGCUCCGUCCAAUUACAUCCAGAACCCGAAGUCGUCGAUGAACAUCGUCCCCCAAUCAUCUAUCGUCCAAAGCACCACGAUUCGUUCCAUGGCACCGGCAUCUUGGUCAACCAUCAUCCUCAUCCUCAUCAUCAAUCUUACCAAUCCCAUCAACCUCUUCACCAACCUAAACUGCAUCUACAAUAUCAUCAAAUUCCCAGCUCAGCAUAUAACCGUCCUCUUCCGCCCCAACCCCGAUCCUUUGAAGAAGUUCCGACUUGA